CUUCAUUUUGUAGUUAAAAUUUAGAUGGCAAUAAAAGUGGUAUAAAUUUUAUUUCUAUUAAAAGAAAGGGAAAAAAUUCAAUUUAAUUUUUGCAUUUUUCGAGAAGUAUUGAGACAAUAUUUAUUAUUUUCGUAAGAUAAUAAAAAACCAAUAACUAAAAUCAGGACAACCAACCAAGACAAACUCAAGCAACAAUCACUAACCAACACCUUCGUUCAUCAGCACAAGAACUGAACUCUUUCAAAAGUAUUCCCAAGUAACAGCAGACAAAUGUCAUCAAGCUGUAUAUUUAUUGGUAGACCUAUAAAACAUGAAGGCAAUUGUUUGUUUUUUCCUUCUACAGGAUUGCGUUCAAAUCGUCGUUGCUUGCUAUCUAUGAUAUUGGGCCUACUAAUAGGCUUCUGUUUAGCUAAAUUUUUCAUCUUAUCCAUACCAGUCAAGCUGCUGAGUAAGAGACACAGUUAUGGUAAUGUUAAUGAUAGAUAUGCUAGUCAUGAUCUCAACUAUGCCUCUGGACCCGAGUUGGAUGUGGGUUUUCAUCAACAUAAUCAAGAAAAUAGUUCAGUGGCGGAGAAAUUGUACAGCGAGGUACGUGUUCUAUGUUGGAUCAUGACAAAUCCUGAAAAUCACAAAAGUAAAGCACGUCACGUUAAGCGUACCUGGGGAAAACGCUGUAAUAAGUUAUUGUUCAUGAGUUCGCAGGAGGAUAAAGUUUUAGGCACUGUAGCUUUGCCGGUUUCCGAGGGUCGUAAUAAUUUGUGGGCCAAAACCAAAGAGGCCUAUAAAUAUAUCUAUGAACAUCAUUUAAAUGAUGCCGAUUGGUUUUAUAAAGCUGAUGAUGAUACUUAUGCGAUUGUAGAGAAUUUACGUUAUCUACUUUAUCCCUAUAAUCCCGAAACUCCCAUAUAUUUUGGUUGCAAAUUUAAACCAUUUGUUAAGCAGGGCUAUAUGUCGGGAGGCGCUGGCUAUGUUUUGAGUAAAGAAGCUGUGCGGCGAUUUGUGAAACAAGCUAUACCCAAUAAGGACUUGUGUCGUGCUGAAAAUGAUGGUGAUGAGGAUGUGGAAAUUGGCAAAUGUUUGCAAAAUGUUAAUGUAACCGCGGGCGAUUCACGUGACCAUCAAGCGAGAGGUAGAUUUUUCCCUUUCAUUCCAGAACAUCAUUUAAUACCCGGUACGGAUAGAAAAUAUUGGUACUGGGAGUAUAUUUUUUACAAAACUGACGAGGGUCUUGACUGCUGUUCAGAUUAUGCCAUUUCAUUUCACUAUGUAACACCAAAUCAAAUGUAUGUUUACGACUAUUUAAUCUAUCAUCUAAGGCCAUAUGGCCUAAUUAAUCCGCCGGAAUCACUACCAGAAAAAUUAAAAGUUGGUGAAACAGAAGCUCCACCUGUGGAACCGGAAAACCAAGGUCAAACAGUAGAAUCAUAAAAUUAGUUUAGUAUUUAUUAUUAGUACUUGUAUACAUAAUUUUUGUUUAUGUAAUUGUGUAUAUUGAUUAAGAAAUUAGUUAGUUAUUAAAAAUCCACAUCUAGUGAAGUAUUUGUUAGAUGGAAAUACGAUCUCCACACAUUGGACCCACUGCAGUAGAUCGGGUAUGAACAGAAUAAUGACAAAGAAAUAAACUAGAACGAUAACAUGGGCCAAGACAUUUUUAAUCCAAAUACCAAAAGAAAA